CUCUAGUUUUGUUUUCCUCCAGCUGCGCUCCAUUUUCCGGGCUGCUCUCUUUAGGGUGCGAGUGUGCUCAUUACACCACGGUGUCAGACUGUUUUCCUUAACCUUCCUUAAGCGAUGGAAAUCAUAAAGAAAUGUUGCUGAUUUUUCUUUAAGCCAGUUUUAUCUCAUUUUCUUGUCAUGUUCACAGAAUCUGAUCCAAUCAACAUUUUGUGUUUGACGUCAUGAGCUCAAAGUCUCCACAUACAGUAAUGACCAUCACUCUCAAUACCAGUUUCUCAUUUUCAUAAUCCCAUCAUCCAUCCUGUAAGGUGGUUCAACCCAAGUGUCUGGACGAAUGGCUAGUCCAUCUCACAGACAUUCAGAUUCAAAUGCCUUUAUCGGCAAUACAAAAAAAAGAAUAAAAAUAACAUUGUAAACACGUUGGUAACAUUAAAUUACAGACAUACAUUUACACACAUAUAAUGAUAAGAAUGAGAAGGAAAAGGCCCAAAAACACACAGUGACGUGUCGUCUGCAUGUUAUUGUGCUGUUGGUGGUUUCAGUCUCUAAUUCACUGCAUGUCUCUGCAGCACUCAGACAAUGUGCCCAUGAUCAGUGUCUUCAUUUAUUAUUUUUAAAAGUCGGAAAUCAUACUAGUUUUUACAAAUAAGUGAACUAUAUGAGUAUGUUUUGUAUAAUUUCACUAAUAGUGUCUGAGGAAAUAUUAUUGCCAUGUCCCCAUUAAAUAUUUCAGAAAUUCUUGUUUGUAAUGUUUUCUUUGGAAUAUUGUUUGAUUACAGAAUCACUUUAUAGUUGUUGUUGUUGUUGUUGUUUUUCUGUCCUCAAUGUCAUUUUCCAUCAUGUUAGUCUUGAAUAAUGUCAGUUUAACUAACAAGAGCCAGUUUCCUCCAUGGGAAUCAUCAGUGGGAAAGCAACAGCAGAAACAUGAGCAGGUAUUAGCAGUGUUUGACGGUUAGUAAAUGAACUCUAAGUCCCACCCCGCUUGUGUCCCUGCAGCAUUAUUUCAGCAGCACUCAUUGUUUUUGUCAUUGUGUAAGUAAUCGUGUGUUAUAAAGUUGAAGCGUGUGUGGUUGAGCUUCAUCAGAGCAGCUUUCUGAGGUCUAGUAGUGGAUAAAGACCCAUGGAACAACAAAGACCACAAACACACAGAUGGAUUUCAAAUGUUGGCAAACAAAACACAGACCCAAUAAAACCCAACGACUGCGCUUGUGGUUUUUGUUGGAGUUUGUGAAUUGGCCCUUAUAGAGAGACACAUCAUUUAUUUAAAGUUAUGGGUCUGUUGCUGUUGUCUUGCGGCCGUUUAACCUUGUGGAUUAUUAGGCCUCUCUGACCCCAAUCUGCCUGUAACUCCUUUCCUCCAAAUUGCAGCACCUCGCUGUAAUCUCUCAUCUGCACUUAAUCUGAGCACAUGGGGGGCAUAUAAGAGAGGCGCUCGCGUCCCGCAGAGCAGAUCCCGCUUUCUACUGAAGAGAAGGUUCACUCUCAUCUAUCGGCUUUCUCCUCUGUGACCCUGGACCAGUGAACCAAACAUGAAUGGAACGGAAGGUCCGAACUUCUACGUGCCCAUGUCCAACAAGACGGGUUUGGUGCGGAGCCCGUUUGAGGAGCCGCAGUACUACCUGGCAGAGCCGUGGAAGUACUCGCUCCUGGCGGCGUACAUGCUCUUCCUCAUCAUCACUUCAUUCCCCGUCAACUCCCUCACGCUCUACGUCACCGUGCAGCACAAGAAGCUGCGCACGCCGCUCAACUACAUCCUGCUCAAUCUGGCCGUGGCCGACCUGUUCAUGGUGGUGGGCGGCUUCACCGUCACCCUCUACACCGCCCUGCACGGCUACUUCGUCCUGGGGGUCAGCGGCUGCAACAUCGAAGGCUUCUUCGCCACGCUGGGAGGUGAGAUCGCACUGUGGUCUCUGGUGGUUUUGGCUGUCGAGCGUUAUAUCGUGGUGUGUAAGCCAAUGACAACGUUUCGUUUCGGAGAGAAGCACGCCAUCGUGGGAGUGGGCUUCACCUGGGUCAUGGCCCUCACCUGCUGCGUGCCGCCCCUGCUGGGCUGGUCCAGGUAUAUUCCAGAGGGAAUGCAGUGCUCCUGUGGAAUAGAUUACUACACUCCCAAACCUGAGAUCAACAACACCUCGUUCGUCAUCUACAUGUUCAUCCUGCACUUCUCCAUCCCUCUGCUCAUCAUCUUCUUCUGCUACAGUCGCCUUCUCUGCACUGUCCGUGCGGCCGCUGCUCAGCAGCAGGAGUCAGAGACGACCCAGAGGGCUGAACGGGAAGUGACACGUAUGGUGGUUGUCAUGGUGAUCUCGUUCUUAGUGUGCUGGGUGCCGUAUGCCAGCGUGGCCUGGUACAUCUUUGGUAAUCAGGGGGCGGAGUUUGGUCCUAUAGUCAUGACGAUACCUGCUUUCUUUGCUAAGAGUGCAGCACUUUACAACCCUGUCAUCUACAUCAUACUCAACAGACAGUUCAGGAACUGCAUGCUCACUACGGUCUGCUGUGGAAAGAACCCGUUUGGUGAGGAGGAGACCAGCAUGAUGGCCUCCAGUAAGACUCAGUCCUCGGUGGUCUCGUCCAGUCAGGUGGCUCCCGCAUGACCAACACAAAAUAUGUCUCCGAAUCAUCCAGUCUGCAGCUACAUCUACUACUUUACUUAUUUCUGCCCUUGAAUCUUACACGUUUUGUAAAAACUGGCCAAUCAGAUCUCUAUAAUACUGCAGCAUGUGAUUGUGUAAAAUACUUGUAAUGUGUUUAGUAACUUGAUCUCAACAGCUGUUCCACUAGUUCUGCCUGAUUAUCCAGCAGUUAGAUGAGUAUUUAGUUAUGAUCAGAUAUGAUUUUUUUAAGUCCUGUUCUGAUUUUGACCUAUAUGACGUUUGUUUAUAAAGUUUGAUGUUGACGAUGUGAGACUGAGUGCUGGAGCCAGAAGAGACCUCAGGAGAUUCACCACACACCCAGCGAAACAGUUCUCUGAAUGUUUAGAUGUAAAUGUCGUCUGUGGAAGAAUUAUGAUUGAAUAUGUUAAUGUGUAAAGACAUGCAUUUGCCUGCAGAUUACAAAAUAUACAGGCAAAGUAGGAAUAAAAG